AGCCUCGGGGCGAUUUCAGUCUCCAUGGGACCUUCCUCGCGAGUUGUUUGACGAGGCCCAGCUUUGCUCUUUCCCAAAAGGAGCGAUUUUCUCCUCGCUGUUCAUUACGAACACGUAGACACCGAUAAAAGUGGAAAAUACUCCUACUUCAUUAUUUUGAUAUGCGUGUGGUUGCAGCAUUGCUCUGGGCGGUGGCAGGGGCGGUGUGGGCACUGGAGGAGGGCAGUGUGGGCAGCCUUUUCGAUCAGCACUUUCCUCCUCUGCACCCUAACUGUACCCAGAAUCUCGGAGACCUUCUCUUGUUGCGCCAAGAAGGCCAGCUUAAAGAAUCUGUAGGAAUACUGAAAGAGAUCUUGUCAGAAAUCAGAGGCUUCGUGGCCGCGCCGACAGAAGCACCCUGCCCAGUCAACUUAUCAAACGUUAGCGGAACUUGUCUCUACAUUGCCAAGGACAUCAGCGUAAAUUGGGAAGCUGCUCGGAUCUUCUGCCAGAACUUGGGAGGAGACUUAGCCGUGUUCCGGGACGCCAACGCACUCGCAGAGGCCAUUGGAUAUGUUAAGACUUCUGGCAUCUCGGGCUCUUCAAACGUGUGGCUGGGCGGAAGAGACCACUUAAUAGAGGGGGAGUGGAAGUGGGUCUCCGGAGAAGACAUGCCGAAAGGAACACCCUUUUGGGGAACUUUUAACUCGAGGAGGCAACCCUCUGGAGGUUCAGGGGAGAACUGCGCCAUAAUGUUCGGCCCUGAUGACUUCUUACUCCACGACGCCACUUGCGGAUGGACGUGCAUGCCACUUUGUCAAAUCAAGCGGACUUAAACGAGGACAUGUAAGCCUCCGACAAAUAAAGUUCUUUGAAAAUAA